AAAAAGACCAAGACCUGAAAGAAUCAUCAGGAUAUGAUUCAGGAACAGGCGGAAUAACAAUUCUAUUGGGAAUGGAAUUCGAAGAUCCAGAUGUAAUGGGUCUAGCAAGAAGAAUGCAACAAAUGACAGCUGCAGCGCAGUAUGAACAACCACAAAGUAAGGAACAACAAAAACUAAAUCAAACCCUUAUAAAAGAAGCUCAACAAGAAGCUGAAAACUUUAUAAAUAAAGAAAGUAGUAAUAAGUCAGCAACAAAAAUGGGGACAUUCUUCAAAGCGAAACUAUCACAAUUAGAUAAAAUACUACAACAAGAAGUGGACAUAAGUGAUCCAAAAAUACGAAAAGGAAUUCAACAGUUAAAACAAAGAAUGGAAGAUAUGGAAAGACAUUAUAAAUAUGUAUCCAACCUAUUACCAGAACAAACCAAUGAACACAUUAGAGACAUAGAAAAUAUAACAAGGAAAAAAUUAGACAUGGCAGAAAAAGCAGAAUCAUGA